GACUAUUGGUGGGUAAUCUUGCCAAUACAAAGAAAAGGUUGACAACACUGUUGGCAACAAUGUUUGCAAUGUGUAAACGCGGCAACAUAGCUUGGCUAUAACUAGGGUUUCGGUCACGUCCGACUAAGUAUAUCUGGAGCCGACUGUCACUGAUACAAGAUUAGAGCUUUGGUGCUCAACUUUCUAAGCUUAAAAGAGCAGAGGAUUACUAAGGCGAGGAGAAAUGCUAAAAGACAUUGUUAUUGUAUCUGCAGCACGCACACCUAUAGGUACAUUCUGUGGGUCACUGUCAACUCUCAAGUCUCAUGACUUGGGGUGUGUCGUCAUAAAAGAAGUUUUAAAACGUGCUUCCCUUGACCCUUCAGAUGUUUCAGAAGUGAUUUUUGGACAAGGUCUCACAGCUGGUGAGGGUCAGAAUCCAGCUCGUCAAGCCGCCAUCAAGGCCGGACUAUCAUACUCAGUACCAGCGUAUUCUGUAAGCAUGCUCUGUGGAUCAGGACUCAAGUCUGUGGUGGUGGGCAGUCAGUCUUUGCAGGUGGGGGACUCAAGUGUGUGCGUUUGUGGUGGACAAGAGUCCAUGAGUCAGGCCCCCCACUUCAUACAUCUCCGUGGCGGGGUCAAGAUGGGCAACACAACCCUCACUGACCACAUGAUUUCCGACGGACUUACAGAUGCUUUCUUCAACUUGCACAUGGGAGAGACUGCGGAAAACAUGGCUACUCAGUUUGCAAUUUCAAGAGAAGAACAAGAUAAGCAAGCUGUAGAAUCUCAGAGGAGAGCUGAGAAUGCACAAAAGCAAGGUCACUUUGUAAAAGAAAUAGUACCAGUAACGGUAAAAAGCUCCAAAGGAGACAAAGUGAUAUCAGAGGAUGAAUAUCCUAAACAUGGCACUACUUUAGAAGGAUUGGCUAAACUCCAACCAUUUUUUGUUAAGGUAUCUAUCAACAUAUGAUUUUAAGUGUUAUCAUCAGAUAAUAUAGUUUGGUCUCAUAAAAUAACUUAUUUUUAUAGACUUUAAAACAUGUUUAUCAAAUCAAAGAUAGUCUUUUAUUUUGAAACAGUGGUGAUUGUAGAUCUGCAAGUCAGAAAUU